UAGAGCCAGUGCAAAAAUAACGAAACAAUUGUAUAAGGCAAAUCCGACAGGCAAACCUUGGUGUGCUUCCGCGGCGGCUUUCUUAUAGUCCGGCCGUCAUUCAUCUCCAUCUCAGGGACUAGUUCGUGUGCAGAAAGAAGAUCCGGCCGCACUCCGCCCAGCCUCACCGUUCUCACCGCAGCCGCCAUUUCAGGAGGUGCCGCCUGACGGCUGAGAGAACCCGAGGGGCGCUGGCAAGGUGGAACUAUGGCGGCCUCUGUGGGAAACGUAGCCGACAGCACAGAACCAACGAAACGUAUGCUUUCCUUCCAAGGGCUUGCGGAGUUGGCUCACCGAGAGUAUCAAGCAGGAGACUUUGAAGCUGCUGAGCGACACUGCAUGCAGCUUUGGCGACAAGAGCCCGACAACACUGGUGUGCUUUUGUUGCUUUCAUCCAUUCACUUUCAGUGUCGCAGGCUGGACAGGUCUGCUCACUUCAGUACUUUGGCAAUCAAGCAGAAUCCGCUUCUGGCAGAAGCCUACUCCAAUCUGGGAAAUGUGUACAAGGAACGUGGGCAACUGCAGGAGGCUAUUGAGCACUAUCGACAUGCCCUGCGCCUCAAGCCGGAUUUUAUUGAUGGAUACAUUAAUCUGGCAGCUGCUUUGGUAGCUGCAGGUGAUAUGGAAGGGGCAGUGCAGGCAUAUGUCUCUGCCCUGCAGUACAAUCCUGACUUGUACUGUGUUCGUAGUGACCUGGGGAACCUGCUCAAAGCCCUGGGUCGCUUGGAAGAAGCCAAGGCCUGUUAUUUGAAGGCAAUUGAGACUCAACCAAAUUUUGCAGUAGCAUGGAGCAAUCUUGGCUGUGUGUUCAAUGCACAAGGAGAAAUCUGGCUUGCCAUUCAUCACUUUGAAAAGGCGGUGACUCUUGACCCAAAUUUCUUGGAUGCUUACAUUAAUCUGGGGAAUGUUUUGAAAGAGGCACGUAUAUUUGAUAGAGCUGUAGCUGCUUAUCUACGGGCCCUGAGUCUGAGUCCAAACCAUGCAGUUGUGCAUGGCAACCUGGCCUGUGUCUAUUAUGAGCAGGGCUUGAUUGACUUGGCAAUUGAUACCUACAAGCGUGCUAUUGAGUUGCAGCCACACUUCCCUGAUGCUUACUGCAACCUGGCCAAUGCGCUCAAAGAGAAAGGCAGUGUCGCGGAGGCGGAGGAAUGUUACAACACAGCUCUUCGUCUGUGCCCUACUCACGCAGAUUCUCUUAAUAAUCUGGCAAACAUUAAACGGGAGCAAGGAAAUAUUGAGGAAGCGGUUCGGCUGUAUCGUAAAGCACUUGAGGUGUUUCCUGAAUUUGCAGCUGCCCAUUCCAAUCUUGCAAGCGUUUUGCAGCAACAGGGGAAGCUGCAGGAGGCACUAAUGCAUUACAAGGAGGCUAUUAGAAUCAGUCCCACAUUUGCUGAUGCUUAUUCCAACAUGGGGAACACAUUAAAGGAGAUGCAGGAUGUUCAGGGAGCUUUACAGUGUUACACACGGGCCAUUCAGAUAAAUCCUGCCUUUGCUGAUGCCCACAGCAAUCUGGCUUCCAUUCAUAAGGAUUCGGGAAACAUACCAGAGGCCAUUGCUUCAUACCGAACUGCCCUGAAGCUGAAACCUGACUUCCCUGAUGCGUAUUGCAAUUUGGCACAUUGUUUGCAGAUAGUUUGUGAUUGGACUGAUUAUGACGAAAGGAUGAAGAAGCUGGUCAGCAUAGUUGCUGAUCAGCUGGAGAAGAACAGGCUUCCUUCUGUCCAUCCUCAUCACAGCAUGCUAUAUCCGUUGUCUCACGGCUUCCGGAAGGCUAUUGCUGAGAGACAUGGAAACCUGUGCUUGGACAAGAUUAAUGUCCUUCACAAGCCACCAUAUGAGCAUCCCAAGGACUUGAAGGCUAGUGAAGGCCGAUUGCGUGUUGGCUAUGUAAGCUCUGACUUUGGGAAUCAUCCCACUUCGCACCUCAUGCAAUCAAUCCCAGGCAUGCACAACCCUGACAAAUUUGAGGUAUUCUGCUAUGCCCUCAGCCCUGAUGAUGGCACAAACUUCCGGGUAAAGGUGAUGGCUGAAGCAAAUCAUUUUAUUGAUCUAUCCCAGGUUCCAUGCAAUGGAAAGGCAGCUGACCGCAUCCACCAGGAUGGCGUACACAUUCUCAUCAACAUGAAUGGCUACACCAAAGGAGCUCGCAAUGAACUUUUUGCCCUCAGACCAGCUCCAAUACAGGCUAUGUGGUUGGGCUAUCCUGGGACUAGUGGUGCAUUAUUCAUGGAUUACAUAAUCACAGACAAAGAAACCUCCCCUGCUGAAGUGGCUGAGCAGUAUUCUGAAAAACUGGCUUAUAUGCCAAAUACAUUCUUCAUUGGAGAUCAUGCCAACAUGUUCCCACACCUAAAGAAAAAAGCAGUUAUUGACUUCAAAUCCAAUGGGCAUAUUUAUGAUAACAGAAUUGUUUUAAAUGGCAUUGAUCUGAAGGCCUUUCUUGACAGUCUUCCUGAUGUAAAAAUAGUGAAGAUGAAAUGUCCUGAUGGUGGGGACAGUGUCGACAACAGCGCUGGACUCAGCAUGCCUGUCAUUCCUAUGAAUACAAUUGCAGAGGCAGUAAUUGACAUGAUAAAUCGUGGACAGAUUCAGAUAACCAUCAAUGGAUUCAACAUUAGCAAUGGGCUUGCAACUACCCAGAUCAACAACAAAGCAGCAACUGGUGAGGAGGUUCCAAGAACCAUCAUUGUUACCACUCGCUCCCAGUAUGGAUUGCCUGAAGAUUCUGUUGUGUAUUGCAACUUUAAUCAGCUUUAUAAAAUUGACCCUUCCACUCUUCAGAUGUGGGCCAAUAUUUUGAAGCGUGUCCCAAACAGUGUAUUGUGGCUGCUGCGUUUUCCAGCUGUAGGAGAACCAAAUAUUCAACAGUAUGCACAGAACAUGGGCCUUCCACAAAAUCGUAUCAUCUUCUCUCCAGUUGCCCCCAAAGAGGAACAUGUGCGGAGGGGCCAACUUGCUGAUGUCUGUCUAGAUACACCUCUUUGUAAUGGCCACACUACAGGGAUGGAUGUUCUCUGGGCUGGGACCCCUAUGGUUACCAUGCCAGGAGAGACUCUUGCAUCACGUGUUGCAGCCUCCCAGCUUACUUGCCUUGGCUGCCCUGAACUAAUUGCGAAGAGUAGACAGGAAUAUGAAGAUGUUGCCGUUAAGCUGGGGACAGAUCUAGAAUACCUGAAGAAAAUACGUGGCAAGGUUUGGAAGCAGCGAAUAUCCAGUGCUCUGUUCAACACAAAGCAGUACACAGUGGAAUUGGAGCGGCUUUAUCUUCAGAUGUGGGAGCACUUGGCAGCUGGCAACAAACCAGACCACAUCAUCAAGUCCAUAGAGAGUGGUGAAUCAGCUUAAAGGACUUUAGGCCUGAAGAAGACCCUUCAGGAAAUGUCUCUGAUUCCUGAGAAAUGUCUCCUGAUCCCUGAGCAAAGGCAGUGGAGAGCUAAGGACUCCAUAUCUGCUUAAUCUGCUUGCUACUCUUAACAGAUGUGAUCUAUGGUAGUAAUCAAAGAGCACAGCCGGACUCGUCUCCUGCAUGACAGGGGAGAUGAGGAAUUUUGCAUCCUGUGAGAAGUUUGCAGUUGAGCUGUGUGACCUUGCUAGGUGCCUGCAGGGAAAGGUGUGAAAUUCCCAGGCAAUUGUGAUUUCAUGGGUUCAGUUUUCCUGUGAAUUAGAUUUUUCUCUUUCUGCAUUGAUUUGGAAUUGGAGCAUUUUAAUAUUUGGUUUUCAGGUAUUCCUGUUGGUAUGUAUGUGGGAUUUCCCUGGCAAGAUUUCCGGCUAGUGUGUGUUUUCCUUCCCAGAGAUAUUUUUCUGAGCUUUACUGAAAGGGGGGGGUGGGGUGGUCUGCUGGUGAAGCUUUUUUAUAGGUUUUAUAAACCACUUAAGCAUUAUCAGCUUUAUUACUGUUUGAUUUCUCUUUUGAUGACUUUUCUGUGCCAUCUUGAAUUGGGUGAGGAUUUUUAAAGCUUCAUCUGUGUAAAUUAAAUUCAAGAUGGCAUCUUUUCUCUGCACAAAAAGUAAAUUCAGUUUAAUGCUUUUUCUCCUGCCCCCACUUCUCCCCCCCCCCCCAACACACAUGGAGGGAACACAACUUGGUGCCAAAUGCAUAUUCUUCAUGAAUGAUAACAGCUGCAGAGGUGCAGGCCUAGCCACUGUAGCAGAUACUUCAUAAAAAUAAAUGCGUUUGUCCAGUUUUGGCCCAUCAGACAUGUUUCACUGUUCCUCCUUUACAAAACAAUGAUGUAUUUGGCCAUUGGCCUCUUGACGUGGUCCUUUUUAACUCUUCAGCACAAAUGCAAUCCCAGGUAAGUAUGGAUUUUCUUUGCAGGGUUUGCUUCCAGUUGAAACUGCUUUUACGAUGGUAUCUCUUGGCAGAACUCCAGGAACUUUUUUGGUUUGGUGAUUUGAGAGUGCAAGACGUUUGAUUUACAUAUUGAAUGAACAAGAAGGAAUCGCUGUAAAUCUCUUCACCUGCUUUGACUACAGGUUCUAAAUAAAGCAGUGUCACUGGUCAUGCUUUACACGGGUACUUGGAAUUAGAUACUAGACAGCAGUCCCCUGCAAAUGCUGGCCCAACACACCCUUCAUUAGAUUCAGGUAUUUUACCCUGAGAUAGGCUUGACUGGAGUGCCAGUGGUCAUUGUUUUAGUAGCAGUUAAAUUGAGCGAGACACUUGAGGCCCUGUGCUCAAUUUCUUCUCUGCAGCAGCAACAUGUUACUUACCAAGGCACUUCAAUAGUUACGGCAGGUGGGGAAUCCUAACUCUGGCCCCUUAUUGAGAGGACUCUCUAGGAGUCCAUGCUGCUGCUUGGGUAUUCAUACACCUGGAUUAAAUUUGGAGUAGACAUUAAUGUAGAAACUGUGUGUCCUCAGCAAAUUAACCACUGUGUGUAGUUUUAAGAUGAGAGUGAAGAAGGGAAUUUCCCCCCUUUGAGAGUGCAGCUGUUUUACUUCUGCUUGCUCACUGUAUCAGCUCUUGUUUCCAGAUAACUGUAUGACAAAUACAAAUGAAAAUCACUGGC